AAUGGCUGGUGAUCACACACGGCUUGAAUUCCACAACAUAGAGACUGGAAUAAUAACAGAACGCCGCUACCUGUCUUCUGUGCCUUCUAAUUUCAUUGGGCAUCUACAGAGCCUUACAUUCAAUGGCAUGGCAUACAUUGACUUAUGUAAAAAUGGAGACAUCGAUUAUUGUGAGCUAAAUGCAAGAUUUGGGUUCAGAAACAUCAUAGCAGACCCUGUAACCUUUAAAACAAAAGCAAGUUAUGUCGCGUUGGCCACAUUACAAGCAUAUACAUCUAUGCACCUUUUUUUCCAGUUCAAAACCACCUCUCUGGAUGGAUUGAUACUUUAUAACAGUGGCGAUGGAAAUGAUUUCAUUGUGGUUGAAUUAGUAAAAGGAUAUUUACACUAUGUGUUUGACUUGGGAAAUGGUGCAAAUCUCAUCAAAGGAAGUUCUAAUAAACCUCUGAAUGACAACCAGUGGCAUAAUGUGAUGAUAUCAAGGGAUACCAACAAUCUCCACACUGUAAAGAUUGACACAAAAAUCACAACUCAGAGCACAGCUGGAGCCAGAAAUUUAGAUCUCAAAAGUGAUUUGUAUAUUGGAGGAGUGGCUAAAGAAAUGUAUAAGUCCUUACCAAAGCUGGUGCAUGCAAAGGAGGGUUUUCAAGGCUGUCUUGCAUCAGUUGAUUUGAAUGGACGGCUCCCUGAUCUAAUCUCAGAUGCUCUCUUCUGCAAUGGGCAAAUAGAAAGAGGAUGUGAAGGCCCCAGCACAACGUGCCAAGAGGAUUCGUGUGCAAACCAGGGAGUGUGCUUGCAGCAGUGGGAUGGAUUCAGUUGUGACUGUAGCAUGACCUCCUUUAGCGGACCAUUAUGCAAUGACCGUAAGUACACUAAAAUGUGCUGGUUUGAAAGCUCUAGAGCUCUGAGGCAGCAUUUCAAGCAAGUGUCGGAAGAUUUAUAUUUUUUUAAUAUGCAUUAUUAAAUGAACUGGCAAACC